UCAAAACCGAAGUAGCGAAGCCACCAUGGGGUAAUGUGAAGCGCCGCCUGUCUCUCUUCCCUCUCAUCCGCACGCUUCGCCCCAUCCACACUCUACAUAAAUAAGAAUUAAAUAAACCCAAACACACCAUAUAUAUGCAACACACGAGAGAGAGAGAGAGAUUCCAUAGUAGUAGUAGAAUAGAUGGCAAGCCGAGAGGAACAAUAGAAAGAGAGAGGGAGAGGGCGAGGAAUGCUGGAAGUUGGUGGCUACAAACAAAAAGGGAAAUCAGGAAAACAUUUUAUAUGGGUGGGAGUGGAACGCUAGUGGACGGUAUUCGUCGAUGGUUUCAACGCCGAACGAACCAUAACAAUCGUGAUCACAUUAAUAAUUUUAACAAAGCUACUUCUUCUAAUGUUAGUAGUAGUGGUUGUCCACAAUCAUCGGUAAAUGUAAAGGAGGGAAUAAAGGGGACAGAGGAAGAGCAGCUGACUGUGAUUGAGGAUUUUGAUAUUUCUGAUCUUAAACUUAUUAGAGUUCCUAAACGUAUCCAUUUCCCUCUUGGUUCUACCAUGGAUCUUCAGAAGAAGGGCUCGGCAGAGGCAGAUUUCUUUACCGAGUAUGGAGAGGCUAGUCAAUACCAAGUACAAGAAGUCAUUGGAAAAGGUAGUUAUGGUGUUGUUGGCUCUGCAAUUGACUCUCAUACUGGAGAAAGGGUUGCAAUCAAGAAGAUUAAUGAUGUUUUUGAGCAUGUUUCUGAUGCCACACGUAUUCUGAGAGAAAUUAAACUCCUUCGGUUGCUUCGUCAUCCUGAUAUUGUAGAAAUAAAGCACAUUAUGCUUCCUCCUUCGCGUAGGGAAUUCAGAGAUAUCUAUGUUGUUUUUGAGUUGAUGGAAUCUGACCUUCACCAAGUAAUUAAGGCAAAUGAUGAUCUUACACCCGAGCAUUAUCAAUUUUUCUUGUACCAGCUUCUUCGUGGUCUUAAAUAUAUACAUUCAGCAAAUGUGUUUCAUCGAGAUUUAAAGCCAAAAAACAUUCUCGCUAAUGCUGACUGCAAAUUGAAGAUAUGCGAUUUUGGUCUUGCUAGAGUAUCUUUCAAUGAUGCCCCAUCAGCUAUUCUUUGGACAGACUAUGUAGCUACUAGAUGGUAUCGUGCUCCUGAACUCUGUGGCUCUUUUUUCUCCAAAUACACUCCUGCAAUUGAUAUUUGGAGCAUUGGAUGUAUAUUUGCUGAAAUGCUCACAGGAAAACCACUUUUUCCUGGUAAAAACGUGGUUCACCAGUUGGAUCUUAUGACUGAUUUGCUGGGCACUCCUCCUCCUGAAUCUCUUUCAAAGAUUCGGAAUGAAAAGGCAAGGAGGUAUCUUAGUAACAUGCGGAAGAAACCACCAGUUCCAUUCCCUCAUAAGUUUCCUAAUGUGGAUCCAUUGGCUCUUCGCCUACUGGAGGGCCUGCUUGCAUUUGAUCCUAAAGAUCGUCCGACAGCUGAAGAGGCUUUAGCAAAUCCUUACUUUAAUGGUUUGGCAAAUGUUGAGUGUGAGCCCUCCACUCAACCUAUUUCAAAAUUGGAGUUUGAGUUUGAGAGGAGGAAAAUAACAAAAGAUGAUGUAAGGGAACUGAUCUACCGAGAGAUAUUAGAGUAUCACCCGCAGAUGCUGAAGGAGUACCUUCGAGGUGGAGAGCAGACAAGCUUUAUGUACCCAAGUGGUGUUGAUCGAUUCAAACGACAAUUUGCACAUCUUGAGGAGCACUAUGGUAAAGGGGAAAGAAGCACUCCACUCCAAAGACAGCAUGCUUCCUUGCCUAGAGAGCGGGUUCCAGCUCCGAAGGAUGAGACAGCAGCUCAAAGCACUGAUAUUGAGAGGCGAACUGCACCUUCUGUUGCAAAAUCUCUUAAAAGUCCCCCAGGAUCGCAGCAAGCAGAUGGUUCAGAGGAUGCGACAGUUGCAGAACAAAAUGGAUCUAGCAAGCCAAACUACAGUAACCGAAGCCUAUUGAAGAGUUCCAGCAUCAGUGCCUCCAAAUGUGUGGUUGUGAAACCAAAAGGAGAUUCAGAAGAGAUGAUUAAAGAGGUCAGUGAUGAGGAUGUCAACGACUUGUCUCAGAAGGUUGCAACCUUGUAGAGAUUCAGGUGGCUGAAUCUGGCAACCUGCCCGUUUUCCAGCGCAGUGUGGAUAGUGGGUAAUUCACAGUGACCUACACGGAAGACCAGGUAGAAGCUAACUACAAUGGGACUACAUUGUUAUAGUUACCCCUCUAGAUUGCAGAGAAGAGAUGUGAUCUCUUGUAAAUGUAACUCCUUUCAUCUUUUGAUAAACCAAAAAAAAUGUACUGUAUUCUAUUUCUUAGUGUGAUUUGAUAAGAAAAGGGAUUUUGGUCUGAAGAAGACGUGGUCCUAUGAUAGCUGUGAUAUCUCUUAUGAUGUUAUUGACAUCAUCGUUACGCAUUUGAGUUA